GUCCCGGUAGGCUUCGGGCACUUAGCUCUGACUGCAUGUUCGCAGACAGCUGCCCGCCGGAAGGAUAGAGCCUGGUUGUGUUUAUCUCGUUGGGGAUCGAGUCGUCGGUUGGCGUGCAACGGGUUCUAGGCUGCAGGCAGCGCGAGGACCCGCGGCCCCGCCCCGGCCCGGCCUGGCAGGUAGCAGAGGCAGCAGGCCGUGCCGGGGGGGCAUGUUGCUGUAACCAGUGGCCCAGGGGAUGUUACGGUGGACGGUGCACCUGGAGGGCGGGCCCCGCAGGGUGAACCAUGCUGCAGUGGCUGUCGGACACCGGGUGUACUCCUUCGGGGGUUACUGCUCUGGUGAAGACUAUGAGACGCUGCGUCAGAUUGAUGUGCACAUUUUCAAUGCAGUGUCCUUGCGUUGGACAAAGCUGCCCCCAGUGAGGCCCGCCACCCGCGGGCAGGCUCCCGUGGUACCCUACAUGCGGUAUGGACACUCCACCGUCCUCAUCGACGACACAGUCUUCCUUUGGGGUGGGCGGAAUGACACCGAAGGGGCCUGCAAUGUGCUCUAUGCCUUUGACGUCAAUACUCACAAAUGGUCCACACCCCGAGUGGCAGGAACAGUUCCUGGGGCCCGGGAUGGACAUUCGGCUUGUGUCCUGGGCAAGACCAUGUACAUUUUCGGGGGCUACGAGCAGCUGGCGGACUGCUUUUCCAAUGACAUUCACAAGCUGGACACCAGCACCAUGACAUGGACCCUGAUCUGUACAAAGGGCAACCCUGCACGCUGGAGGGACUUCCACUCGGCCACAAUGCUGGGCAGUCACAUGUAUGUCUUUGGGGGCCGUGCAGACCGUUUUGGGCCAUUCCAUUCCAACAAUGAGAUUUACUGCAACCGCAUCCGUGUCUUUGACACGAGGACUGAGGCCUGGCUGGACUGUCCACCCACCCCAGUGCUGCCUGAGGGGCGCCGGAGCCACUCAGCCUUUGGCUACAAUGGGGAGCUGUACAUUUUUGGUGGCUAUAAUGCAAGGCUGAACCGGCACUUCCAUGACCUCUGGAAGUUUAACCCUGUGUCGUUUACCUGGAAAAAGAUUGAACCGAAGGGGAAGGGGCCAUGUCCCCGCCGGCGCCAGUGCUGCUGUAUUGUUGGUGACAAGAUUGUCCUCUUUGGGGGUACCAGUCCGUCUCCUGAGGAAGGCCUGGGAGAUGAAUUUGACCUCAUAGAUCAUUCUGACUUACACAUUUUGGACUUUAGCACAUCUCACAUGUCAUUUGAGGAGCUGUUAGAAUUGCAGAGCCAAGUGGGGACUAAGACGUACAAACAAUUGGUAACUGGAAACAGCACUAAGAAGCAAAGUUCCAGACCACCUGUCCAAAAAGCAUGUGUUGCAGAUAAACACAGGCCUCUGGAAAUGUCAGCCAAGGUCCGGGUGCCAUUUCUGCGUCAAGUUGUUCCUGUCAGUAAGAAGGUAGCCCGGGACCCCCGCUUUGACGAUCUGUCAGGGGAAUAUAAUCCUGAGGUGUUUGAUAAAACGUAUCAAUUCCUAAAUGACAUCCGAGCCAGAGAGAAAGAUCUUGUGAAAAAGCAGCUGAAGAAGCGCCGUUCAGGGGAGGAGCGUGAGAAACUGCAGCAGCUGCUUCAGCAAAUGGAGCAGCAAGAAAUGGCACAGCAGGAACGGAAGCGGCAGCAGGAGCUGCACCUGGCCCUGAAGCAGGAGCGGCGGGCUCAGGCCCAGCAGGGCCAUCGGCCAUACUUCCUGAAGAAAUCUGAGCAGCGCCAGUUGGUCCUAGCUGAGAAGUUCAAGGAGCUGAAACGAAGCAAGAAGCUAGAGAGCUUCUUGAGUCGAAAGAGGCGCCGAAAUGCAGGCAAGGACAGAAGACAUCUCCCUUUGAGCAAAGAGUAGUAAGGAGCUGUCCUCAGCUCUGCCACUGUCCCAGUGAGAAAUGCAUCUGUGGGGACACAUUUGGGCUUGGCCCGUUCUACUCUUUCCCAUUCAAGGGCAAGGGUGACAGCUGCCUGGGAGCCCAACUGGCUCAGAGAUGACUAGAAGGCUCUUGGACUGCCUGAGGGCUGGACAAGAGCAGCUCAGCCUUCUGCCAUUCCACACUUCUUCUGCUUGGAUCUGGGUCAUCAUGUCCUCAAGUCCUCCCGUUCUUGCCUUAAAAUAAUGAUUCUGGCAUAGAAGGAAAAGGACUGGUGAGUGACAUUGAGGCCAGUUGAAGGCCACAGAGUCUGUGAGUGGCUCCCAGGACUGGGACUUUAUAUGUAGGAGCCAGUUCAUGAACACUCGUGUCACUCAUCUUUUUAUUCUGCUUCUUUUGUGGGUGGCCUAGAGUUACCAUUUCAGGGGCCACGUGUUGGGUGGGCAAUAAAUCUAAUGCUCCUACAAAGUGGGAAGUCA